AGAAGACGCCUCUCCUCCCAGGAGAUGUUUAUUCCUCUCUCCAACCAACCCGCAGGGGCGGGGAUGGAACGUAUUUCGAAAGUUCAGUCGGGGCGCUCUAGCCUUUCCAAGUCAACACGCUCCUUCCGCUGAGGAGAGGAAACGGUGUAAAACAACCGGAAGUGGAGCCUGUGGCGCGUGUGCUGGACCACUUUGCAGCGGUCGGUGACCGAGGAAGAAGAAGAUGCAGAAUCAGGAAAUUAUGCACAGAACUGAUGCAUCAUCAGCCUCAAAUGGCUUUCAUUUCCCAGAGUUGGUGAAGAAGAAGAAAAAGAAAAAGAAGAGGAAGGAGGGCCUUAAUGGACAGGGGGGUGACCAACCUGUGACGGCUGCCCCUUGCUCGCCUCCAUCUUCUGGACAUUCCUCAAUUUUUCCUGGGCUCGUUGAGGAUACAGAAGCUACUGGGGCCUGUAGAAAAAAAACAAAGAACGUAAAAGUUGAGAAAGAGAUUCCAGACUCUGAGUCAGAUGCUACUUGGAUCCCAACAGACAAUGAGCUGAAUAGCAAGGCUGGAACAGAUACUCGCGUGUGUAAUAAGAAAAAGAGGAAGUAUCAACCUAGUGAACAAGAGGGUGGCAGAGACAUUUGCAUUCCUGAGACUCCAGAAAAGGCCAGGGGCCUGUGUCCUGUGGCACCCUUAAUGCAGCACUUAGAUCUUUCCCUGCAGGAAAGAAAAGAGGCAGCUGAGUUGGACAAAACUGCAGAAUUUUGUACUCCCAUUGCACGGAAAAAGAAAAAGCGUAAAAAAGCUGAAACUCCAGAAGAGGCCAGCAGCCAGCUUGAAGUAAGUGACUUGGAAAAUGCAGGUUAUGUCUCUGAAUCCACACCUGUUCAGAAGAAGAAAGCAAAGGUGCUCUUGUUAACAGAGCAGGCCGAGGCAAAUAGAGCUUCUGACAGGCUCACAGAUAUUAGGGCUAACCCUCCACGUUUGCACAAGCACAAUAGAACAGACUGCAGUGACACAGAGGACACACAGAAGGACCUCUUUGCACCUUCACCUCCUGCACAGCACUCAGACCUUUCCCAGGAGGAAAGAAAAAAGGCAGCUGAGUUGGACAAAACUGAGGAGUUUUGUAGUCCCAUUGCACGGAAGAAAAAAAAGCGUAAAAAACCUAAAGCUCCAGAAGAGGCCAGCAGCCAGCUUGAAGCCAGUGACUUGGAAAAUGCAGGUUUGCACAAGCACAAUGCAACCAACUGCAGUGACACAGAGGACAUGGAGGAGGACUUCUUUACACCUUUGCCUCUUGUAGCCUUAACACAGCUCUCAGACCUUUCCCAAGAGGAGAACAAUGAGGUGAAUAAGUUGGACAGAACUGUGAAAUUCAGCAGCCCUGCCACACGAAAGAAAUCACAUAAGCGUAAAAAUGCUCCCAGCACGAAUGAUUCCGAUGAUGGGCCACAGAAAUCCUCGACUCCUGUUCAUUCGGACGCUGAGGAAUCAUCUUCCAGCAAGUUUUCCCUUGUGGACAAUGAGUUUGUAGAAUUUUCCCAGCUUGCAAUGAAAGAUCUAGACUCUGCCACCAAGGAGCUGGAAGAGUUCAUUCCUCAUGUCAGGACCCUGAGUGAUUCAGCGAUCAAACAGCUGGCUGGUCGGGACCUGGUCAGGUUUAGAAAUUUUAAGAAAAAAGGCAUUGCAGUGCGAUUUGGCAAAUUUUCCAAGAAGGAAAACGACCAGCUGCGGCAAAAUGUUGAGGCCUUCUUGAAAGACACUGGGAUAGAGACUGCAGAAAAACUCCUCUUUACUCACAGGUUUCCCCAAGAGAGAGAAUCCAUCAGCAAGCUGAAAACUAUAAACUUGUUUGGUGCAAAGAUUGCUCAGGGAAUUCCAAGGCCAUGGAGGCUAGUAUAUUACCGAGCAAGAAAAAUGUACGAUCCCAAGAAUUAUAAUGGAAGGUAUUCUGAAAAGGAGAAAAAGAAGCUCAAGAAGUAUCAAGCCAUGUAUGGCAACAACUGGAAAAAGAUAUCGGACCUGAUGCUUCGCAGUAGCCAUUCAGCUGAAACAAAAUUUUCUGAGAUCAAGUCUGUGUAUAACUCCGGUCCUUGGGAUUCUGAAGAGACAAGGAAGCUAGUUCAAGCCAUCAAGGAGACACUGCUGUCCAAAAUGAGAGGUUCAGACUCUGAUUCAGAGAAAGAGGAUGAGGAUGGAGCAUUCACGCUCACGUAUGAGAAUCUCUACAAGGGCAUCUCGUGGUCCCAAGUGGAAGCCAAAGUGGGCACCAGGCACUGGAGGCAGUGUAAACAGAAGUGGCUUAAUAUUGUAACCAAGAAGAUUAUGGGUAAGCAGACGAAGAGGAGCAGAUUUGAACAUCUGCGGAUAAAUAUUGCCCUCAUUGAAAGGUUGCAUGAAGUGGACGCUGAUGACGUGGAAGAAGUUGAUUGGGAAGAGAUAUCCAGUGCUAUAGGGAAUGUCCAUCCAUAUUAUAUUCGGAGCAGAUUUCAUGAAAUCAAGGCUUACCGUGUCCCUCUUUGGAAUAACAGAAGUUUCAUGGAAAUCGUCAAUCAUCUGUAUGAAGUGACACUUCCAAUGUUAAAGAAACAACAGACAGAGUUAAUGGCAAAAAAGAAUAUAACUGUGGAGCCCCAGCAAGCUGAAGACCACAGCUGGAAAAGAGUUUUCAAGUUCGGCGACAUCUUUCCUGACAGCAACAGUAUCUGUGGUGAUGACUCAGACGAUGAUCAGGAGAAUUAGGACCUGGAGCUUGCAAUGCUAAGAGCCAGCAGAACUCUCUGAGUUCAUAACAGACAGACAGCACAGGUGAAACUUGGAAAAUUAGAAUAUCGUCAAAAAGUGCAUUUAUUUCAGUAAUGCAUCUUAAAAUGUGAAACCAAUAUAUGAGAUAGAUGCAUGACAUGCAAAGCAAGAUAUGUCAAGCCUUUAUUUGUUGUAAUUGUAAUUAUUUGUCGUUGGAAAAGACCCUGAUGUUGGGAAAGAUGGAGGGCACAAGGAGAAGGGGACGACAGAGGACGAGAUGGUUGGACAGUGUUCUCGAAGCUACGAACAUGAGUUUGACCAAUCUGCGGGAGGCAGUGGAAGAGAGGAGUGCCUGGCGUGCUCUGGUCCAUGGGGUCACGAAGAAUCGGACACGACUAAACAACAACAACAGGGCGGGUCAAUUAUAAAUUGAAUGUAAUUAAUGAAAUGUAAUAGCGAUGUUUAUUUUUGUAUUAUUGUAACUAUUUGUUUUAUUACUGUGGAAUUUCCAAAAGAAAGCAUUUGUAAAAAUAAAAAUAGUAAGUAAAUGCACUUUUCGAGGAUAUUCUAAUUUUCCGAGUUUCACCUGUAAUUCCACUAAUAAAAAGAAAGAAUAUAAUUUUUUUCACUGUUUAUAAAAAGAUAAAUAAAGCUUUAUUUAAUUUUGGAGGAUUGUACUUAACAUUUUAUUACUACUUUGUAUUUGAAGGAGGCGGAGCAACAGACACAUUGUCCAUCAAAAGAAUUAUGGGAGAUGCUUUGAAUCCACUGGGGUCCGGGAAGCUACCCCCAGAGAUUCCAAUCCAAGAUACGUUCAUGCUCUAUCUCUGCUAGGUUAUUUUGGAGAAGGUAUACAGUAUAUUAUUUUGGUGACCAGUGACAUUUAUUGUUUGGUCUGAUAUAAAGGUGCAACAUUCAGUUCCCAUUAAAGUACAGAGUCCUCCUUGCUUAGCUAAGAGGUAAAAUAGAGCACUCCUCAAGAAAUCCUCCCUGGAUUCAGAAAUAUCUGCCCAGUUGCCACUGUCCCCUUCUUGGGCAAGAUUUUUUGAGCAGGUGGGUUUUAGGACAA